AACGUUAUAUGACGUAAGCAGUCUCUGCGGAAAUAGGCUUGGUAGGGCGAUAUGCUUUAAAUGUGCAUUACAUACACAAUGCUACGGAGGAAUUACAGCUAACGUUGAUAUUUCAUGAAAGCUUAAGAAACUACGGUUAACUUUGCGCAAAAGCGCGCGUCUUGACAAUAAGAACAUACAGAGAACAUUAUGUUGCCAAAAUACCGGCGGACGACAAUCGAUGCUUAUUGAAAAAUUUGAUGACCUUUGAUGACCUUUCUUUGUCGGGUUACAGCAGCUGCUUAACCUUUGAAUUAUAUCAAGUCAAUUCCAGACGCGCAGAGCGUGUCUGAAUUUGAUCGAAUAUAGAUCCCCCUUUCCUGCUCCAUAUGGACUGUUCCACCCACACUAUCUAACAAAAAGGGCAGGGUCCGCCCCCUCACUCGCACUUCUACUGUUCCAAUAUGGCUGCGGCGGUGCAGGGCUGGGCGGGUUCCACUCCGUAACGUAAAGAAGAUGGCAAAGAACACCACGAUCUAUCUGCGGAUCAGCGAGGCCAAGAACCUGCCUCCUAGAGACGCCAUCCUUGGGCCGGGAACUGGAGAUCCGUAUUGCACGGUGAAGGUGGACAAUGAAACCGUAGCAAGAACUGCCACCGUGUGGAAGAGCACUAACCCCUUCUGGGGAGAGGAGUACACCCUGUACCUGCCUCGUAGCUUCCACAGUCUGUCUGUGUACGUCUGCCACCAUGACACCCUGGGGGCAGAUGCACUCAUUGGGAAAAUGUUGCUGUCCCGUAAGGCGCUAUGUCUUGAACCUAGAGGUCUAGAGAAAUGGUUCCCCCUACGGAAGGUAGACAAGGGCUCGGAGGUCCAGGGGGAGUUACAGCUGGAGAUGUGGUGCCAUGGCAACAGGGGGUUCACGCCCGCAGCCGGAGACUUCACUACCAUCUGUUGUGUGGUGGUGCAGGCGAGGGACUUGGCAGUGAAGGAGAAGGCUGGCAUUGUGGAUGCAUUUGUUGAACUUUCCCUGCAGGAGGACAAGGCCAAAACCCAAGUUAUAAAGAGGACAAGAUUUCCCAAGUGGAAGGAGACGUUUGAUUUCACCAUUCCCACCAAAGCCAUGGAGACAGCAACAUUACAGUUCACAGUGUGGGACUGGGAGAAGCAGGGAAACCACGACUUCCUGGGAGAAGGAGAAGUGGCCCUGACAGAACUGCAUGGUGAUGAGCAUGUUUUAGGCUGGCACAGACUGUGUCCAAGAGCAUCAACUGUAGAUGAUGAAAGCUCUGAGCUGGGCUCGUUAAGAUUGAAGGUACGGUGCACAGAAGAACACAUCCUCCCUUCUCAGUACUACCAGCCAUUGGUGGACCUCCUGGUAGAGUCUGUACAAUCCAGUAUAGAGCCAGAGACUCCCACCCCACUGAGUAUGUUAGAGGAGGUAAUGACUAUGGACAGGAUGGACAUUGCCACGACCUUGGUCAAGGUCUUCCUGGGAGAGGGGAUGGUUGUCCAGUUUUUAGAUGCCCUCAACACUCAAGAGAUACUCAAUACCAAGGACCCCAACACAUUAUUCAGGGGGAACUCAUUGGCUACAAAGUCAAUGGACCAAUUCCUAAAGGUGGUGGGGAUGCCAUACUUACAUGAAGUGCUGAGACCUGUUGUAGAUCAGAUUUUUGAAGAUAAGAAAACUGUUGAGUUGGAUCCAUGUAAAGUGGACUCCUGUAGAAGGAGACUAAGUGUUAAGUCGCAGUCUGAUGGCCAGUUGCUGGAGCAUAGUGCAAUGAUCCUGACUGGGUAUCUAGAACAGAUCAUUGACAACAUCGUCAUGUCAGUGGACCAGUGUCCUCCUGUCAUCAGACUGGCCUUCAGACAGCUCAGUAAGAGAGUGGAGGACAGAUUCCCUGAGCAUCAGGACGUGAAGUACCUGGCCAUCAGUGGAUUCCUGUUUCUGAGGUUCUUUGCUCCAGCUGUCUUGUCUCCCAAACUGUUCGCCCUCCGGGACCAACACGCCGAUGCCAAGACUAGCAGGACCUGCACUUUACUUGCAAAGGUUAUCCAGAGCAUUGGGAACCUGGGACUACAAUGUGGGCGUGGGAAGGAGACAUGGAUGGAGCCGCUCCACCCCUUCAUACAGGACAGCUCCUCCCGCGUACAGGACUUCCUGGAUCAACUCAUAGACAUUGAUGAAGCCAAUGUGCCCACAAGAGAAGCGCAGAGGCGGAGCGCUUUCCACCAGUCAGUCACAAUUAAGGAAGGUCACCUCCUACGCCGACGGAGGGCGGACGAUGGUCUGGUCCUGAUGCCCUUCAGCUUCAAGAGGAGAUACUACUGGCUGUGCAACGAUGCCCUGGCGUAUGCCAAGUCUUCUGAGGACCAGAUUCGCACCACCACCAUGACUCAUCGCAUCUGUGCCGUGGAGCGGGUGGAUGAGAACGCCUUUCAGCGGACCAACGUGUUUCAGGUCAUCAUCAGAGAUGGCGACGGUUCAUUGAGCACCACCUAUCUACAGGCAAAGGAUGUGAAUGAGAUGCACCAGUGGCUGUCAGCUAUCAGGAAGACCUGUGUGACCAACUCCCGCAUGCUGGGCACCUUCCACCCGGGGACCCACAGGGCCAGCAAGUGGACGUGUUGUCUGGAGACGGACAAAACAGCCCGUGGUUGCAGUAAGACCCACUCAGCAGUGACCUUGGGUGAUUGGCGGGACCCACUGGACCCUGAUGCUGAGGCUCAGACUAUUUACUCCCAGAUCCUGCUGGGCAGGGACAUUCUCAGAUCCAAGUACCUGGAGUUGGCAGACGCAGGGUCUACAGCCGAGAGCUCCCAUGAGCAGGCCAACAACUCAGAGGCAGAAAGCAAUAACUCGGUGGGGAACAGCUCCGAAUCUGGUCACAACUCCGUACCUGACCCUAAACAGAAACCAGAUAUCAGGAGAAGCCGAUCUUUCUACGACGCCAAGAUGGCGGCGGCUGCCAGGUUGCUGGACGUGAUUGCUGAUCUGGAGAGAGUCCACGAGGCAUUCAACAAGCGAGAACGCGAGCGGGCCAAGGGGCUAGAGCGGGGCAGAUCCCUGUCUUUGGAAUCUACCGAAUGAUAACUGUUUGCAGUAAGAGUAUACAUGAACAGUUGCUAGAUGUAUCAAAGUUCUCGUCAUGUACAUAAUUUCAUGCUGCCAGGCAUGGCCAUGCCCUGUGGACCCCAAUGAUCAUUAAAGCUGGCUGUUGUAAAGCACAUUUUCUGUGCCAUUAGUUUGGUCGCCAUAGGCAUAAAGUUAUAAACAUUUGUAUGCACAGUCUUGUCCAGAUAUGGCAUUUCCCUUUACUCAUCUCACUGAGAUGCACUCAAAGUCGCAUUCAAAGAAAUACCUGCAGGCACAGUGUUGGUAAGCCUUUUUUUUGCAGAAAACAUUGAGAGUGUGUCUUUGUUGUCUACUUGCAAUCUUGCAUCUGUCUAGCCGGUACUGCUCUUUGGUGUAACACACUUAAGCUUCACAGGAACACUGCGGCAGCAGCUGGUUAUGUUAUACAGAACCUCUCAUACCUAACCUUUGUGCAUCUACAUGUGAUUUAUAUACAGCCUUUGCCUAAUUGAUCUCUGCCAGGAAAAGGCAAGGUGACUUGCAUUGCAUUUUCAUUUUCAUUGAAUUGCACUCUUUACAUUAAACGUUCUCCCUGCUGACUUCUGCUUUCACAAGCACAAAGAUUUGGACCAUGACAUUGUAACAUCGGGUUAACCAGAAGAGAGUUACAUGUACAGACCUGAGUUUUGAUACAUAUACAAGUUCAUGUAUACUAGCCUUUAAAGCCAUGUGAGAAUGACCUAAAAUGAAAGUUUGCAUUCCUUCCUCAGCACUUGUCAGAGGAUACAGUAUUGUGAUAUUUAUUCAAAGAGAAGUAUUAUAUAUAUAUCCUGUUUGUAUGAGCUGUGCUCCCAAUGUCAGUGAAACUGUCAUGUUUGCAUACUGUGAUACUAGCUAGUCUUAUUGUACCUUAGAUGAUUGUCAGAAUAGCAUAUUAUCUGAUAUUUGUAUUUCUUACACUUUCUUAAAUGUUUGUUUAUUAGUUGAGUUAAGUUUGGUACUGUGUUUUAGUUAGACUGUAAUUUUGGGGAAACUAACGAAUGUAAAUCUUGUUUGUAUUUUGUUUUAACUUGUCCACAUCAAUGCUUACCAGAUAUAGUUUCUGUUACAUGUACAAUGUAUAAUCAGCCCUCAAAAAGCCACUGCCAACCUUGUCAUUUAGAUUGAGACAAUCAACAUGUUUGAUACUUUCUACUGCCAUGUAAUCAUAUGUUUUGUCAAUCAUGAAGAUUUACACAAUACAAAAUAUAAAAUCAUAACACUUUUUUACACUAAACAAUAGUUGCACAAAGUUAUAAUCAUAACAAUAAUAAAGAUUGAAGAGAUAACCAAAAUCCAGUGUUUGACUUGCAAGUAAAAUGACAGAAAUUGACCCUACUUGUUUUCAGUUGACUCUGAAACCAUAAGGAUUUUUUGUUCAAGUAUCACAAGCAACAUCAUCUAAAAGUAACAAAUCUUGCUUACAUGUGCCUGCUUUAGAUAAUAUAUAUAUAAUAAAAUUUGUGAUGACUUUGGUCCACUCUGUGUAAGAGAAUGUGUGGAAGUGGGAUAUCAGUUAGUUGUUGUUUAAAGAUUCUAACUUUGAAAAGAAUGGGCUUGUAAUCACAAAUUGUUUGUGUUAUACUCUUCAUACUGCCAUAUGCAACUUAGAUAGUGUCUUGCAAUUAAUCUUAUUUCUGCGAAGGUACAUUUUGUAUCUUAUGGUAACAAAUUUGUAUUGGCUAAAGGGUUGGGCAGCAUAGAGAGCUGUGUAAAUCACACAUUUGGGAACAUCAUGGGGCUAUGCAACAUUUGAUAUCCGUCAGUUUUCUGGGGACUUGUAAUGUUCAAAUUUCAAAUCUCAAGAAGUUAGACAAUGGCUGUCAUCAAAGGCCUGCUGUCACAAUUUUUGUGAAAGAAAAAAUGAAAGUCUGAAAAAAGUCACUUGGCAAUUGUUUUGCACCAAAGGAGUAUGCCUUUAUAGAUAGAGCCAAAUGAAGAAGUCAAAUAUGUCUAAGUAAGUCAAAUGAAGAAGAAAUUGUGAAAAUUUGUACACAGUGAAAUCCCAAAAUCCUUACACAGUUGAAUGCCUUUGGAUGUAUGGACCAGUGAGUGAACUUAAUUGUUAGUUACUACAGUUGACACAGAUUUAAAACAUUGUUUUGAAAAAGUUUAAAUGCAAUUAGGGCUAAAUGUUUUUGCUCUUUGGGUGAAUUAAACUGGUUGUGCUUUUACAUUUCCAAGACUGUCUGAUGGCUGAAAUAGAUGACAGCAAUUUGUAACAAAAUCACUGCUUGUCAACAUACUAGCCAAAUUUUCCUACUAGUAUUCCAUGCCCAUUUUGUGGUGUGUAGCUUUGUGAUAUUUGCUGUUACCGCAUCCAUACAUAACGUUAGUUCACGUUUAUCCACGGACAACCUAUAUCCGUUGUUUCUAAAAACACGGUACUUAUGGACAUCAUGUCGACGGACGGUGGUUCCAAACUAUACAACUGUAAAAAUGUUGCAAUUUGACAUUGCCGUUCAUUUACUUGAUGUCCCUAGAUAUCUUAUGUUUAGAGACAACGGAUAUAGGUUACCCCCCGGAUAAAGGUGAAUUAGCGUUACAGACAUGCACUGUUGGAGUUACAAAGCUUGCUUGUUGUUAAUUUAACUACAGAGAAUGAGCCAUUCGGGCUAGCCAGCCUGACAGCACAUAUAAUGUCAGCACAAAAGCUUUAUACAUGUAACGCUAGUUCACCUUUAUCCGUUGGGUAACCUAUCUCCGUUGUAUUAAAAGGCAGGGCAUUUAGUGCUAUCAUACCAACGAAAUUUGAGUUCAAACUGCUACAUUUUGAAAAUAUCUAAAAUUGAAACAACCAUCGACUUCAUAUCAUUGAAAAUCUGAUAUCCCUGAAAAGAAACGGAUAUAGGUUACCCCGCGAAUAAAGGUCAACUAACGUUAAUUGGUAAUCGCUCAGCCUUAUACUAUUUCUAAGCAACUAAAUCAUACUCAUCACAUACUAGGUAUUCAACCAGAUUUGCAUCAACAUAGAGACUAAUAGUACAUUAAGCGGGGGCACUUUGCCUACAAUAUUAUAGAACAAGAAGAAUGACAGUAUUUUACUACCCAAGACACUACUAUAAAGGUAAUAUAUCUGCUUGUAGCAGUUUUAGUAUUCUUUGUCAACUAUCAGUAUGACUUGAGAGAAAUGUUUCUGGUAUGUUCUGUGUUUUUAACAUUGAUUGAUACACUAUAGAAUAGCAUAGAUUUUAUAGGAAAGAAAAUUGCACCUUGGUGUUUUUGAUCAGAAGAAAAAAGUUUUGUCAAACAAUUUUAUACAUGCUAUUGUUUUCAAGUUUAUCAAGUAAGAAGUAACUAUUCGGGUUAUGAAGAAAUAAAUUGAAUUCCUUCUAUGAACUAUUAUUUUACAACUUAUGUUUUAAAAAGGCACGAAUACACUUAUUGAUGCUGCAGAAUUCGUUGUACCAGUUUUUUUAUGCCCAAACGUUAAAUGAUGCCUUUUCAUUUGAGUUUUCCAAAAGCAUUGGCAUCUUCAUGUACAAGUACAUUUGUAGUAUAUCCCAAGAAUACUCGGGGCCUGGAGAUGUUUUGUACCUUAAUUUUGCUUUGACUCCAGAUAUGUAAGUCUACUGUUUUCAGUUCAGAGAACCAGAGGAAUUGAAUCACAUGUAGUUAAGCUCCUGUCACACAUCCAGAACCGUCCGACGACUUUGCUCCCGACCAUGUUCCAACCAAGGUCAACACUGUAACGUCACAUAAUUAGUCCAUUCCAUUCUGCUACCUCUAUCUCUAAUUCACUUCUCUAAUAGCAUAUAGCAGAAUACGACUUCCCCAACUGUGAUCAGCUGGGCCAGACUUUUGACAAAGACUAGUAAACAACCUUGCCAACCAACUCCUAACCUGCAGAUGGCAUUGCACCAUGGUCUGGAGAAGGUUGGGAGGCCAUGGUUGGCAAUGUGUGACAAGGGCUUAACUUGUAGCACAAUGUUCCUGUGAGGUAUACACAAGUGUGGUUAUUGUUAGCCCCUGGUGGGCUGAUUCUGUAAGAGAAUCAUUCUGUGGAGUUUGUGCAGAA